GCUACAAAUCUUGAUGAUUUAGAUGCUAUAUUAUUGGAAGUUGAGAAGGAGACUCUUAAGAAUGAGGUUGCAACUGCUGCUAAAAUGUCGAAAAAAACUGGAAAAGGUUUUACCGCAAAUGUUAAACCAUGUCCUGCUAAAACUAAAUCAUUGACGCUAACGGAAGAAUGUGAGGAAGCAGUUAAAAGUGCUGUGCCAGUUGACAAGCAAUUCCCGGAUGGGAAUUUCCCGAUUGGAGAAAUCUCUGAGUACGUUAUAAAGGCAGAUGAUCGUACUGCCAUUAAUCGAAUCACAAAUGAAGAAAAAAAGAUGCUGGAUGCUUCUUAUGAGGAAAUAUAUAAAGAUUUUCGUCGUGCUGCAGAGGCUCAUAGACAAACCCGAAAGUAUACACAGUCUUGGAUCAAGCCAGGCAUGAAAAUGAUUGAAAUUUGUGAGCGUUUGGAAGCAUACUCUCGUAGAAUGAUAAAUGAAGAUGGGCUUAACGCUGGACUUGCUUUUCCAACGGGUUGCUCUUUAAACAGUUGCGCUGCUCACUACACUCCAAAUGCCGGUGAUACUACGGUUUUGCGAGAAAGUGAUAUCUGUAAAAUUGAUUUUGGUGUUCAUGUCAAUGGAUUCCUUAUUGAUUGCGCAUUUACCGUUCAUUUCGAUCCGAAGUUUGAUACUUUAGUAUCUGCUGUGCGUGAAGCAACUAAUGCAGGAAUUCGAGAAGCAGGUAUAGACGUUCGACUCUGUGAUAUUGGUGAGACGAUUGAAGAGGUCAUGACUAGUUUUGAGAUGGAGUUGGAUGGCAGAACACACGUCAUCAAACCUAUUAGGAAUUUGAAUGGGCAUUCAAUUGGACCUUAUCGUAUCCAUGCUGGCAAAACAGUCCCGAUAACGAAGGGAGGCGAACAAACAAAAAUGGAAGAAAAUGAGUUUUAUGCUAUCGAGACGUUUGGCAGCACUGGCAGAGGUUAUGUGCAUGAUGAUAUGGAUUGUAGUCACUACAUGAAGGAUUUUGAUCUUCAUUCUGAGCACAUUCCUCUAAGAUUAGCUCGGUCUAAGAAUCUACUGAAUGUCAUCAAUAAAAAUUUUGGGACAUUAGCUUUCUGCCGAAGGUGGUUGGAUCGUUUAGGGGAGACGAAGUAUUUAAUGGCUUUAAAAGAUCUGUGCGAUAAAGGAAUCGUGCGAUCAUAUCCUCCUCUCUGUGAUAUCAAAGGCUCCUAUACUGCUCAAUGGGAACAUACAAUUCUUCUACGACCAACUUGUAAAGAAGUAGUUAGCCGAGGUGAUGAUUAUUAG